AUGUUCGUGCCGGGUAUCUUCACAGUUAGCGGCGAGGCGGCUUCAUUCCGGCAAUACAUUCCGCAGCAGGUAAAACAGACAAGUGGCGGCAGCAGCAGCCUCUGCGACGGAAGACGGUGCGCAUCUUCCAUCCGGGGCCGGCGGAGAGGAAGCGAGGGCUGCGAGAGUCUAGACCGGUGUGCGACGACGCGACUGACCUUUGUAUGCAUGUUUGGAAGGAAGUCUUAUGAAAUAAAGUUUAAGAAAAUGCUCGUUUCCGAGUACUUUCUUCGUGAAAAAUCGAGGCCGAUAUUGCAGGAAAAUUUCCCCUUCAACCCGACAGUCAUGGAAGACGAUGAAUCUCUGAGAGUGGUCCCUUUUCAGCUCCAAUUUGACAAACCAGUAGCUUAUCAGAUUAAGAUCGCUGAAUGGAAUCCGGAGAAGGAUUUGCUAGCCAUGGUUACCGAGGACUCCAAGCUUCUUCUCCACCGGUUCAAUUGGCAGAGGCUUUGGAUUACAUCCCCUGGGAAAUGCAUUACUGCUAUAUGUUGGCGUCCUGAUGGUAAAGCAAUUGCUGUGGGCCUUGAGGAUGGAACCAUUUCAUUGCUCCAUGUGGAAAAUGGAAAGCUGCUGAGGAGUAUGAAGUUCCACAGUUCAUCUGUUGUCUGCCUCAACUGGGUGGAAAGUCGGGAAAAGAUAGUGGGUGGAAAUCGUAACAAUUCAUCAUAUGAAGACCGAACUGCUCGUUUUUUCCCUUCUGCUCCAAGAGUUCCUCGCACACCUGGAAUUAUACCAGGAGAUAACAGUGGGUUGAUGGAGAUAACUGACGACUCAUUCCAAGAACUGCUUGAUCCCUCACAUCAACAGUUGGACAUCUUAUGUAGUGGGGAUAAAGAAGGCAGAAUUUGUUUCAAUAUAUUUGGUAUAUUUCACAUUGGGAAAGUUAACAUACAUAAUCUUGCUUCACGAAGUUCUCUUGAGGAGAAACAUGUUUCAUGCCAACUCACUGAUGCUUCCAUUUGUAAGGUUACAUUGUCAAGUGAUCUACGUCAUAUCAUUGUCUUGUGCUCUGGUGUAGUUACUGAAGAUGGGUCAGAAGGAAGUGAAAAUCAAAUAUCUGGAGGAGAUAUAAGUGUUCUCCAUUCCUUAGUCCUCGACAGUACAGUUUUUCAGAGCAGGAAAAAUGAGCUUCACCAGGUGGCUCAACAAGCUUCCAAUGUGGAGCAUAUGAUGGAAGUAAUCCAAAGAUCACUAGAUAUUAUGUCCAAGCAGUGGUCAGAUGCCAUGCAUUUGUACCAUGAAAAAUUCAAUGCUCUAUCUACCCUGAUCACUGAUCACGGACUUGACUCGAGUCCUCAAGAAGAGUUCCUAAGCUUGUUAGGUGGAGCAAGGACAAGUCCACCAGUUCAUCAAUUUUUGGUUAAUUCUCUUGGUGAAGCGGGAAUCAAACGGACAGCAAAGGUUGUUUGUGCGGCAGGAAAAGAGCUUCAGACGAUUGUUCUUAACAAUUUACAGCCUGCUGCAGAAAUUAUUGCAUUCAGAAUGGGAGAGUUAAGAGGGCUUUCGAAAUGGCGUUCAUGUUUUCGUGGAAUUGGAUUGGAUGAGAACUUGAUUGAUCAUGCAACUGAGAAAUCUGGGAUGUUGCUUGUACAAAUCGAAAGAUUUAUCAGGAUUUUGUCCUCCGUGGUGCAGCAGUUUUCGAACUUUUUCAAUUGGCUACUAAAAUGUGUGAAGGUCCUCAUGUCUGAACCAAGCGAUCAACUUCUUCCCUUCAGUAGUGAACUUGUUAUCAUAUUUUUGAAGUUCCUGUACGACCAAGAUCCAGUUGGUGCCUUGCUGCAAGAUUCUGAAUCCGAUCAGAGCAUUGGAGUUGACUUGGAAACAGAUCAGAGAAUCAGGGAAUUAACUCUUUUCGGAGGGUUCACAGAUUGCGAGUAUUUGAAAAGGACAUUAGCUGUGGAAUUUCAACAACUGCAGUCAUGUUUCAAGGAGGCCUUGGAGAUGCCACUCACCACAGUUUCUAAAAGGAUACUUUGUAAAGGCAUUUUGCCGCUUUUCCCUCCACCUUCACCAAAUUUGAAGUCCUCUUAUUUUCCAGUUUCAGUGUCAUUCUAUCAGGAAACUUCUCACUCGGAAAUUCCCAAUCAGGGACUCACCGACUAUACUUGUUUUAUGGUGCCUGAUGAGACUUUCCCAGACAUCUCAAAUUGCAUUGGCAUUGUAAGGGGGCUCAUUAGUGAUUUGGAUAACUUCAAAAGUGGCAACAGUUCUCUAGAGAUUGCAGUAUUACGUGUUCCUGACGAUUAUAACUGCGUGGAUCUGUCUCUGUAUAAAGAAGAACAGAUUGUGUUGCUAUUAAACCAAGAGACAACAGAUCCUGAGAGCUCAGGAAAUGCUUGUAUGAUGAUUAUACAAGCAUCCAACCUCAAAUUUCGACCUAUUUCAAGAUCAUCUGUUAUCGACUCUUGGAAUCCUCAUGAACUUCUGGAUUCUGUUAUGCACCUGCAAAUGGAGAAUGAAAAAGUUCGGGAAAUUUCUCACUCGGUGGUUGCUCCAUUGGCGGUUAGCGCAUCAAGAGGCGUGGCUUGUAUUUUUGCUGCAAAAAAGCGUGCUUUGGUGUAUAUCCUAGAGGAAGAUGAAGAUGAAGAUGAAGGUACAGAUUCAGAAUAA